AUGGAGCCAGAGAUCAUAGAGGCCGAGAUCUUGUUGCCUCCUGCUCUGAGCUUCAAGAAGAUACAGAUGUCAGAGAAAUACCCCAAGGGGCAGUCAAGAAGCCGGCACUGGAAGCACCUGAAGCAGAUCCUCCAGGCUGAAAAUUUCCAGGCCUACUCGCCGGAGGAACCGAACUGUGAGUCGGCAUGCUCGAAGCUCACAUCGAAAAAAAUGGUUUCCAUGAAAAAUAUUACCUUAAAAUUGGUUUUUUUCCGCAAUACCUGCAUGGGUUUGAUCAGUAUAUCGAUUUUAUUGUUAAGCUCUCUGCUCAUACAUAAUUUCUUCAAGAACAGGGUAUUCAUUCCAUUCCAGAACUCAUAACCAUGUCAAGUGAAUCCGUUUUUCACGAACUUCCAUGCUUCAUGACUGCCCAUUUUCUGACCACUGGUUCUUCCCAGUGUUCUUGAAGAAGAUCAUUGCCAAAAAAAAUGUGUCGGGUAUAGAUUUAAUUCUCAGGAAGAAAAAAAAAACAUGCAUAUCGAAUAUUAUCUAGUAGGCAUCGAAUCAGUCAGUGUGAAUCAUCCAGAAUGUAUGAAACUCCUGUCACUGUUCCUCAGAUUUUUGUGUUUUUUUCCUUCUGAAUUCGAACAGAUAAGCAGGAUGAACAUGUUCUUCAUGACUCCAUGGCCCGGUUUUCUAGGAUUUCUAAUAAUGGGAUGCCGAAAAUAUGUCAAAUAUUUUAAUUUGAUGAAGCGGGGUCGCUUAGCAUGCCAAAAAAGCUCAUAUUUUAUCUUCAUCGUGCUGAUUUUCUCCACAGAAGGAUAAAUUCUGCUUUUUUUUUCCUUUUUUUCAGACUUAAAUAUAGAAUCGCCUCCCUCUGCAUACCCACCGAAGAAAUUCUGCGAUAUCACGGGCUUUGAGGUAUGAAUUAGACUAGAAGAGCCUUGUGGUUUUUUUUUUAAAUCUUCCCCCCUUCUGAGUAAAUGAUCCUUGCUCGUGAGUCUGCGUGUGGAUGUUUACGGAUUGACUGUCUUGUGCUGCUUGGAUUCUUCAUCGGGAUUCUCAGUUGAUCUACUGUUCUUACUAUGAUUACCCUCCGUACUGUGAAUUCGGUCCUCUCUCUCUCUCUCUCUCUGUCGCUCUCCCAAUCUUUUCUAUGCUCGUCCUUGGGCUUGGUAAAUCCACUCUCUCUCACACACACACCCAAUCUCUUCUAUGCUCGUCCUUGGGAUUGGUAAACCAUCUCUCUCUCUCACCCAAUCUCUUCUAUGCUCGUCCUUGGGCUCGGUAAAUCCAUCUCUCUCUCGCUCUCGCUCGCUCUCUCACCAAUCUCCUCUGUGCUCGUCCUUGGGCUUGGUAAACCCAUCUCUCUCUCUCUCUCUCUCGCUCUCUCACCAAUCUCUUCUAUGCUCGUCCUUGGGCUUGGUAAAUCCAUCUCUCUCUCUCUCUCUCUCUCUCUCUUCCCCUGCAAAGAAAUUUUACUCGGGCGAGCCUCGAUCUUCUUCUUCGUCUGUGCAGGCUCCAUACGUUGACCCGAGGACCAAAAUGCGGUACGCGAAUGCUGACGUGUUCAAGCGCAUAAGGUAUCUCCCCGGCGACUCGAUCCAGCGGUACCUCUCCCUCAGGAACGCCGCCGUCGUCCUAAAAUAG